AUGGUCAGCUCCUGUUGUGGCUCUGUCUGCUCUGAAGAGGGCUGUGGCCAAGGCUGCUGUCAGCCUACCUGCUGUAGGCCCACCUGCUGUGUGUCCAGCUGCUGCAGACCCAGCUGCUGUCAAUCUGUGUGCUGCCAGCCCACCUGUUGCCGCCCCACCUGUUGCCGCCCCAGCUGCUGCCGCCCCAGCUGCUGCAUUUCCAGCUGCUGCAAGCCUUCCUGCUGCCGCCCUACCUGUUGCAUUUCCAGCUGCUGCAGGCCUUCCUGCUGCCGCCCUACCUGUUGCAUUUCCAGCUGCUGCCGGCCUUCCUGCUGCCACCCCUGUUGCUGCCGUCCCAGUUGCUGCCGCCCCACCUGUUGCAUUUCUAGCUGCUGCAGGCCUUCCUGCUGCCACACCACCUGUUGCCGCCCCACCUGCUGUGUGUCCAGCUGCUGCAGACCCCAGUGCUGCAUCUCCAGCUGCUGCCGCCCCACCUGUUGCCAGACCACUUGCUGCCGCCCAGCAUGCUCUAGCUGUUCUUGCUGCUGA